AUGGAGGAAGCUGAAGACGGCAUUGCAGUGGUGGGCAUUGGAUGCAACUUUCCUGGGGGAGAAGGGCUUGACAAUUUCUGGAAGGUUCUUGUGGAUGGAAGAAACUGUUCUGUGCCGAUUCCCAAAGAGAGGUUUGACCUGGCCGACUGGUAUGAUCCUGACGACAACAAAGCGGGUAAAUCCCGCACAGCCAAGGCUGCUCUCAUUGAUGGGUUCAAUGAAUUUGACCACAAGUUCUUCGGCAUCAGUGACAGUGAAGUGGAACAAAUGGACCCUCAACAAAAGCAGCUCCUUCAGUGUGUUUACAGAGCUUUGGAGGAUGCUGGGAUUCCUAUGGAGAAGGCCAGUGGGACCCGGACAGGAGUGUAUUUCGGCCUCAUGAACAGAGAUUAUGAAACAAAUGCUGCACAUGUGCACCCAAGUGUGAUCAACCACUGGACUGGCACCGGGCUCGCCAUGAGUAUAGCAGCAAACAGAGUCUCGUACAUUUUCAACUUUACUGGGCCCUCGAUGUCCAUAGACUGUGCCUGCUCAUCCUCCCUCGUGGCUCUUCAUCUCGCCUGCCAAUCCAUUAAACAAGGCGACUGUGAUAUGGCUGUUUGCGGAGGAGUCAACUGUAUCAUAGAGCCCAGAGUGUUUGUUGCUCUCAGCAAGGCCAAGAUGAUCUCACCCGAAGGGACCAGCAAACCUUUCUCCAACAGAGCAAAUGGCUACGGUCGAGGGGAAGGCUGCGGGGUUGUUCUCCUCAAGCCUCUGAAAAAGGCAAUACAAGAUCAUGACCAUAUCUGGGGUAUCGUCAGCAAAACAGCGGUCAACCAAGACGGACGCAUGGUCACUCCAAUCACCAAACCCUCCAUGACGCAACAAGAGGAGCUGCUGCGAAGAAUCUACUCCGAGUCUGACCUUGCAGACGUUCAGUACAUAGAGGCACAUGGGACUGGAACCCCAGUCGGAGACCCAACGGAGGCAGGGAGCAUCUCCAACGUCAUCGCUAAAGCCAGACCUCCUGGUUCAGAAGCACUGCGGAUCGGCUCUGUGAAAAGCAACAUCGGACAUACAGAAUCUGCAGCUGGGGUGGCCGGGCUCAUUAAGGUUCUGCUAAUGAUGAAGCACGAGACCAUUGUUCCCUCCGUUUUCUACUCUGAGGAAACUGCCAGUGUCAAUGCCAAAGCCCUGAACAUCAAGGUUCCCAAGGAAGCGGAAAAGUGGGAAGCCUCCGGUGCAAGAAUCGCAGGGGUGAACAACUUUGGCUUUGGGGGAACGAAUGCGCAUGCUAUUGUCAAACAGUACAAACAGUCACCCACAAGGCAAAAGAAUGAUGAGACACAACCAAAGUACUUCGUCAUGUCGGCAAAUUCAACAAAAUCUCUCUCCCUGAUGAUGGAAGACACCGUUAAACAGCUCGAGGCAGACAGUACAGUUGAUCUAGACUCUCUGCUGUACACAUCAGCUUGCAGAAGAAGCCAUCUAAAACAUAAAUACAGAAAGGCCGUCACGGUGUCAUCUGUGGUCGAUCUUAAAGAGAAGAUAAGAGUUGCUCUGAGCAAAAAUGUCAGCCCAUCCCAGUCAGAUCUGAGAUUAGUGUUUGUGUUCUGUGGAAACGGCAUUACUUACCAUGGCAUGUGCAAGCAGCUACUACAACACGAGCCUGUGUUCAGAGAUAAAAUCAAAGAGACUGCGCAGCUUUUCCAAAGGCUGAGCGCACUGAACAUCCUGGAGACACUCGAGAGCGAGUUUGAGAGCGCUGACUUCAAGAACCCAGAGGUUGUCCAACCUUUACUCUUCGCCAUCCAGGUUGGCAUUAGCACGCUACUCAGGCGAUGGGGUGUCAAGCCUGAUGCAAUACUCGGACACUCUGUGGGAGAGGUUGCGGCCGCUCACUGCUCGGGCCUCCUCUCUCUUGAGGAUGCAGUGAAAGUCAUCCAUGUCCGCAGCACCCUCCAGAGCAAAGUCACCGGGGGGAAAAUGCUCGUGAUCAGCAACAUGGCAGUUCCAGAGGUAACUGCUCUUCUCCCUCGUUACUCUGGUAGAGCCUGCCUCGCUGCGUUCAACAGCCCGCAGUCUUGCACCCUCUCAGGUGACGCAGACGCAAUCAAGAGCCUCCACGAGGAGCUAAGCACCUCAGCCAACAGUCAGAACCUGUUCCUCCGUGUGCUGGAUGUCCCCGCUGCUUACCACAGCCACAUGAUGGAUGCGAUUCUGCCAGAAAUCGAAGAAACACUUGGCUCCUUACGGGUGAACGAUCUCGACACAGAGUUGUUCUCAACGGUGACAGGCAAGGAAAUCGAGCAGGGGGAUUUCUGCACAGGUGAAUACUGGGCAAGAAACAUUCGCAAACCAGUGGCGUUUGAGCAGGCAGUGAGGUCGGCAGCUAAAGGAAUGAAGAAUACGGUCUUUGUGGAGAUUGGGCCAAGAAGGGCGCUGCAGAGAAACAUCAUGGAAACUCUGGGUAACAACACAGCUGUUCUGGCCUCGGUGCAGCCAGAGAAAGAUCAUGAAACAAUGACAUCUGUUGUGUCGAAGUUGUUUGAACUGGGUGUUCAGGUAGAUUGGAACACCUUCUACAGAGGAUACAAGACAAUGCCACUGCCUUUCCCGAAAUACAAGUUUGACUGCUCAGACAGAGAUGUUAUCAUCGGAGCAGCACAGAAAAACACAGCGAGCAAUCAUCCUGUGCUCUGUCAGACAGGAAGUGAAAGCAACAUUUUCAGCUGUGAUCUGAUGUCGGACUCUUGUUUCUACCUGAAAGAGCACAAACACAACGAUAUACCCAUCAUCCCCGGUGCCUUCUAUGUGGAGCUGGGCUUAGCCGCAGUCAUGGCCACUGCCAAACCAAAGGUACCGCUCAACUCACUGCAGCUUGUUGUCAGUUUUCACAGUCCAUGUGUUUUAACCCCGAAUUUGCCUGAAGUGAAGGUGCAACUGGAACAAACAGAGAAAGAAACCAGUUUCAGGGUAUUCUCCCCAUCUGCGGUGUACGCAUCAGGCACAGUCGUUUCCAAAAGAGAGAGGCUGAUUGACGAGCAACAUAUUUCACUGAGCUCCAUCUACAAAAGAUGCAAAUCUGUCGUGAGCUUUCAGGAGUUCUAUGAGUAUCUGUCCCAAGGAGGCUUCCAGUAUGGAGACGUCUUUCAGAAUAAGGCGACUGUGCACUACGGAGAACAUCUCAAGGAGGCUUUUGCAGUUGUCUCGGUUCCAGAGGAGCUGCGGCCUCAGUUGCACGACUACUGCAUUCAUCCUGUUGUGUUGGAUUUUCUGAUGCAGCUUCUCCCGGUUACAGUGGAGCACAUUUUUGCUGGUAGGCCGGGCUUUCCUGCCAAAAUAGGAAGUUUGACAGUGUUUGAACCUUUGCAAGAGGAGAUGAUUGUCUAUCUGAGAGCGACGGAUGUGGGCACUGAUCACUUGGGGGUUUGUGGAUGCUUUGCAGAUAGAGAGGGCAGAGUUUUGGUUGAAGUUAAGCAUGUGAUAAUCAAGUAUCUCGGCAGUCACUCUCAUGUGGUUGAGGAGUACUUCUACCACAAUACCUUCAGUGUCGUACCUGAGAGUAUCACAUCUGCUCCUCCUCAUCCUAAGGCCUUGGUCUUCUGCGAUCAUAUUGGGAUUCAUAUAGGCUUGCGACAACAUUUGGACUCGAGAUCUUGUUACAUUUCAUUCACACAUGCAAAAGAUAUCUUGAGCCAUGGCUUCCCCUCUCUCUUGGCAAAAUGCAAUAUCACAGAUAUCGGGAAAAACUUUGACGAGGUCUUGUUUUUAUGGGGCAAAGAAAACCUGACUUCGCUGUCAGCCGAUGACAUCCUGCAGAAUUUGGUGAACUGCUGUGAGAUCUUCCGCCAGAUAGUCCUUGAGCUCAAGCAAAUUCACUUCCCACACUCCAUCAGAGUAGUAACCUACUGUUCCUCUGACAUCACUUUAGACUACAUAAGUCCAGGUUUUGCUCUUGCUGGUAUGACGAGAUCAUUUGCUGCAGAGAUACCAGAUCUUUCAUUUCAGCUGAUUGAUAUAGGCACUGUCUCUGCUAAGGACAUUGCAACUCUGUCUCAAGUCCUACAAUCGUGCCCUUGCAGCAAGUACCCAGAACUGGUGGUGAAAGAUGGGCUGAUUUUGAAACCUUCCAUUGUCCGUACUCCACCCAAAAUCACUGACAGUUCAGGGGGCAGUUUUAUCUCUACAAUGCCUGAGCCCUGCAUCCUUCAGACAGCCGAUGCACAUAAGAUUACUCAAGUUAGUGCCAUUCUCUUUGACGAAGGGGCCCAGCCAAUCAAUGACGCAUACGUUGAAAUUCGGCCCAGCAAGAUAUGCGUUCAUUCAUCUGAUUACUUCCCUGUCAGUGCUACACACCUGAAAUUUGGCCAGACGCUGUACUGGAACAAACACUCAUCACAGAAUCACAAGCUGCUGGCUCUCGAUUUCAGUGGUACUGUUACAGCAGUGGGAAAAGAUGUCAAGAAACUCAAAGUGGGGGACCACAUUGCUUCCUGUUAUCCUGUAGUGGCAGCCAACAGGGUCAGAGUACCAGAGGACGUGUGCUACAGCACCAAACGAUUCCCAUUCCUUCACAGAACACCCUGUGUUUCCUACUUUGUGCUGGCAUGGGAAAUCCUGCGUCAAGCCUUGCCCAAAGCCAAACAUCAUCUAGGAAUCAUAUCCUCUGUCCCCGACUCUGCUCUGACGAAAGUCUUGACGCUUACAUCUUGCAAAUCAGGCUGGAAUGUGGUUGUUGGAACACAGUACAAUGGGUCUUUUGUAGAUGUCAAUCAAAUUGACGCAUUUGUCGUCCUGCCUCCAUUUGAUGAAUCCCUGAUUGGCAAAAUUUGCGAUUUUCCAGGCGUCCAACAUGUUGUCAUCGUCUGUGAAUCUCAGGCGCAGGGCUCGCUUGCUCAGGACGUGCUCCACAGUGUAAAGGAGAGUGUUCACGUGCAGACAAUUCAGAUGCCAGUCAUUUUGCAAAAAGGAUCCUUGAGAGCACAAAGGCCACACAUUCAUCACUGGCUCAAGUCCUUGAACUUGAGCACGAAAUUUGCCCUUAAAAGCUUCACCUUUCAGGGCGUGAAAGCUGACAGCAGCAAGAGCCUUCAUUUUGAGGAACCAGAAUCGUACUUCAACACAGAGAAACUGGCUGUAGUGUCUCUGGAAAAAGAUGUCAAUGGUGCAGUGUCUGAGAUUCCACUGCUGCCAACAAAAAAAAAACUUUUCCAGAGGAGAGCAGUGUACAUAGUGGCAGGUGGUCUUUCUGGUCUGGGCUUUGAAACCGUCAAGUUCAUUUCGCAAAGAGGGGGCGAGUAUAUUGUCAUACUCUCCAGGAGCAGGCCAACACCAGAUGUGCAGCAGGAGUUACACAAUGUAGAGAAACAGUGUGGAAACUCCAUCACUAGCAUUGAGUGCGACAUAUCCAUCUUUGAGCAGGUGUGUAAGGUUAUCAGUGUCAUCAGCCAGAAGUUCCCUGGUUGUCCAGUCAGAGGAGUGUUUCACAGCGCAGUCGUGUUGCAUGACGGGCUGAUUGAGACGCUGGACAGAUCCCUCUAUGAGAAAGUUCUCAAACCGAAAGUAAACGGUGCACUUAAUUUGCACCAUGCGACACGGCACUGUCAGUUGGACUACUUUGUGUGUUACUCCUCCAUCUCCGCCUUUCUGGGAAAUGCAUCACAAACAAACUACGCAGCAGCCAACACAUUCCUCGACAUGUUCUGCCAGUACAGGCGCAAACUCGCGCUGCCCGGACAGUCCAUCAACUGGGGAGCUCUGAACCUCGGCCUCCUCCUGAACAAGGAGCAUUUCCAGCGAUUUCUAGAGGCGAAAGGGAUGAUGGUGUUGAACGUGGCUGAAAUUCAUAAAAGCUUGGAGCAGUGCCUUGUGCUUAACCGACCCCAACAGGCCGUUUGCAGGUUUCACUUCAGGAACAUCAGGUACAACAUCCUAUCUCAAAACGCGGCCUUGACCAUGCGCCUGUCCGCCUUAGUGGAGGAGGCUUUUCAAAAAUCCGAAGACACAGAUUCUCAAACUAAACAAGCCGAAUCUGUGUCACCGAAAGAGUACGUCGUCUCGCUCCUCACUGAGACCAUCGGCAUGGAUGAGAGCGAGCUGAAAGACGAAUCACCUCUCUCGUCCUUAGGCAUCGACUCCAUGCAGGCCAUGACUCUGCAGAAUCUGAUCUUUCAGGAGAGAGGUGUGAAUGUGCCUUUGGUGAAACUGUUGGAUCCCAACGCCACACUGUCAACAGUGGUAGCCAUACUGAGUGAAGGAGCUGAAGGCGAAGACGCCAGUGAUAACCCAGUGAGUAGUAACUGCACUGAAGACAUGGAGGAUCUUUCAACCAGGCUGUAA